AUGGGUUGGUAUGGCAACUUGAGCUUGCGACUGGCUCGUGAGCUUGCACCAGAAACAACUGAUCUUAUGAUAUGGCUUGCUCAUGAGAAUCUGCAACUUACCACGCUUUUUGAAGGAGAUGCAAGUCUAGGUGCCUGGCGACGGGUAGGCGAUCUCGCUACAGACCUACUAGCAUUGGGCUUGAAUAGAGAAGCAACAUAUUCAGCCACGCCAUUCUUUCUGGCGGAGUGUCGACGAAGAAGCUUUGUCCGGGCUUAUUAUCUCGACAAAGUGUUCGCAGCGGUGUUCAACCGGCCACCUCGAAUAACUGCUCGACAUGCAGACUGCAACCUGCCGUUGGACUUAUCUGAUAACGAACUUUUCACAUCGUCAGACAAAAUAGAACAAGCAAAAGAUAACCUUACGCAAGACGGCUGGAACACAGAUGAGGAGUAUAGAACAGCAACGUGGGCUCGGAUACGUUAUAUUCUAGCAGAGUUUCGUGAAGAGACUGUCGAAUAUCAAUAUCGAUCCAUACAACCUACCGAUGCUAUCAAGCUCAGAGAUUUAUCCACUCGCUGCUAUAUAGCGUGGAACGGUUUGCCCCAUUAUCUUCAAUACAGGCAGGACUGCUGGACAUCGAAUCUCCCACCCACACUUUGCCAUAUGCAUGCAAAAGUCUACCUCUCAUAUCUUCACAUCCACUUCCAAGUUUACCGAUUACUUGGCAAUGGUGAUGGUAACAAGACUCUUCAACCAGAAUUGCUUGAGGUGUCAGCAAACAUGCUCGAAACAGUUGUACAAAUGACGAGUUGCCGCGCGAGAUCUUCUUCUUCACCUCGCGACCUGCCUGGAAUUAUUCUCGCAUAUGGUUUGCCGUGUGCUGCAAUUCUCUCAACGGCACUGGAAACUUUUUUUCGAGAUUUAUCAAAAGGAUCACAUCUUCUUCCCGGCAUCAAGAUCUCGACUCUUAUUCGAAAUCUUUCUGUCCUGGGGUCUCAACUCGAAACCGUUUCCAGUCCUAGUGAGACCAAUCACGUAUUUUGCAUCAAAGCCUCAAAGGCUAUCUCGCGCAAGCUCGACCGCAUCUUGGAUAACUUUACAACGGCCGGUUCUACAAAAACUCCUGACCGUUUACUAGAGCCAGUCCCGACACUACCUACGCUAUACAGUAGUUCCACCACAACAAUAACGGAUAUUGAUAUGACUGGCUUCGUUGAUUUUGAUCACUUCGACCUUGCAGAUUGGGCAAUUAAUUUUGAUUUAGGCACUAUGAGUGAUGAGUGGAAUAUGUUUUGA